GCUCUGUGGUUGAAUGCGACUGCUUGUGACCGAAAAGGAUUCAAAUAAAGUGGAAUGAGUUUGGGUUUUUCAUUCAUUCAGACCAUUUUAUGAGUUGGAACCAGACGGACUGAGGGCAGUACAAUUUUCUUGAAUGACAUUGGAUUACUUUGUUUCGGAAUAGGACUGUUUUUAUUUUCAGGGUCGCUCUUGACCGGAGCGCUUGCUUUUGCGCUUCCCUGCACCGCCAUCGUCGCUGGUCUGCGCAGCUCGUGUUGCAGGAGCGAGACAGAGCCGGUGAACAGAUGGCAGCUCUGACGAUACAACGGACUGACAACUUUCUGCACACCUUUUUACAGGACCGGACCCCCAGCUCGUCCCCAGAGGGAGCUCCCAACACCCUGUCCUUCUUGGCCACCACCUGUAGCCAGGCCUGGCAGGUGGGGGGGACGGUUGUGGGGGGCACUGUGGGCUCCAUGGUGGGCGCCGAUGGUUCCCAGUUUCCCUAUGAGGGGUCCAUGAGGGUGGGCGCAGCCUCCGGGAUGUUCCAACUGUGGAGCAACGAGGUGGCGGUGGCCCCUAGUUCUAGUCUCAGUGCCUCCAGCCUCACUGCAGCCGCAGCCGCCCACCAGGCCAUGACGUUAACGGUGCCCAAGGUCCAGUUCCCUGUUGGACAUGGACACAGUCUGCAGGCUGGCCUGGGUCCUCACCCCCACCCCCACGCGCUCCACCAUUACCACCACCAUCACCACCACCACCACGAGCUGCCCCUGACUCCGCCGGCCGAGCCUCCGUCCGCCUACUCCUUCGAGCUCUCUCCAGUCAAGGUCCUCUCGUCCCAGAGCCAGGGCCCCAAUGGGCCGCCCUACUACCCUCAACACAACGCAGUCUCUGUGGGACAGAACUUCCCCAGCUUCCUCCAGAACUCUGUCUCAUCUGCCAGGCACCAUCUAUCCGGAGGACACCACCACGUGGGGGAGGAGGGCCAGCAGGGGUGGUGGAGCCUCCCCCAGACCACUGGCCACAGCAGCUCCUCCAACCACCCCCACGCCUUCUCCCUGGGCCGGCAGCUGGUCCUGGGUCAACAGCCCCAAAUCACAGCCCUCCUCCAGGGCACCUCCAAGGGCCUGUUAUCCUCCACUCGCCGCUGCCGUCGCUGCAAGUGCCCCAACUGCCAGGCCAAUGGCAGGGGACUCGAGUUUGGCAAGAAGAGACUGCACAUCUGCCACAUCCCAGAGUGUGGCAAGGUGUACAAGAAGACAUCUCACCUGAAGGCUCACCUGCGCUGGCAUGCCGGGGAGAGGCCGUUCAUCUGCAACUGGCUGUUCUGCGGGAAGAGCUUCACACGCUCUGACGAGCUACAGCGCCACCUCAGAACACACACCGGGGAGAAGAGGUUCGGAUGCCAGCAGUGUGGAAAGAGGUUCAUGAGGAGCGACCACCUCUCCAAACACGUCAAGACUCACCAGAGUAGGAAGAGCCGGUCCGGUGGGAACACGUCAGACUCUCUAUUGGCCAAUAUCAAGAGAGAGUAAAGCAGACUGUGAGGGCCGCAUUAUAGAGUCAAGAGAUUGCAAUGUGUGACUGCACUGUAACUAACUGCCACAGACCCUGAGAUAGAGUGGAGCGAACCACGAGGACAGAUUAUACACUCUAUAGCAUAUUCUGUUGUCGUGAGAGGUAUUUCAUAACAAGUGCGUGGCGAGGUUUAGGAUUUAAAUAUGGAUACAGAGCAUUCACUGUGAUGGGCAUUUCUAGUUAUCACACAAAAUGAUUAGCAAGAUCAAAGGAACUCUUUCCUCUUAAUGAUGACAUGGUUCCAACAGUGAUCAUUUAUCAAAGUCCAAGGCAUUCAUUUGAUUUAGAUUUGAUUUGUAAUAUUAAAAUGUAAAUAAUUCAGCAAAUGUGUGUAAUAUGCAAAUAAUCAACUUUCUGCAUGUUUCACCUUUUAGAAUCUGGAAAUCUUUUUGUUAAUGAACUGUUAAUUAUCUGAGGAGGAACAUGUAUCUGAAAUAAGUAUACCACACAUGGGUUGAUUUUAGAAAUGUCCUAUUUGGCCAAAUGUAUACAAAUAUUGAUCUGACGGUUGAUUGGCGGGAUCAGUGUGAUAAUGUUUUAUUAAUUAUAGUUGAAAUUGAUUAAUGUUAUUUCAUUAUAAUGUGAAUUGCCAUUAAUAUACUGUAGAUACAAACAAACAUUUGUAAGACUUUGUAAAUAAUGUAUAUAUUUAUUUCACGCACAACCUUAUUCAAGGUAAGAUCGCAUGUACAUUUUAAUAAAUGUAAAU